GCUAAAUAAAAUACCGUCGAUUCCAGGGCCGAACAGCAGCAGCCAUCCCUCACUUGCCCCAGUCGCCGUUGCCCGUCUGUCGUCCAUCUGUCUCCCUCUGCAGAUCCAGGUUGUCCUCUCCAGACCAGCUGCAUCGAACAGCGCUCUCUGUUCUCUUGUCGAGCAGCGCCGCGCGCCCUGGAACGCGCGCGGGCGGUUGUGCUGGCGUCUUGAUUCGGAUCCCAACAUUGCGCGCGGGCGCGAGUGGGCUACCGUAGACGCGGUGCUUACCUAAUAUUUUAUAUAUUUUGUUACUUGUCGACUUGCUAGAAACACGUGUUGUCUUUUUUUUUAUUUUUUAUUUAUUAAAAAAUAAGAAAUAAAAUAAAAAAGACAAAGGAAAUACCCCGGAUACCCCACUUGUUUUAUUCGAAAUCUAAAAUUAUUAAAGGGGGAAAAAGAAUAAAAAAUGAUGGGGUACGGAGGCAAUCCCUAUCAUCCUCAGCAUCAACAACCUCCGCAGCAGCAACAGCAACAACAUCAACAUCAACAUCAUGGCCAUCCUCACCAGUCCCCCUCCACUGGCGCCGCUCCUGCUAUCGCCGCCGGUGCCGUGCCCAACCCCCUCAUCCGCGGUCGCCCCCAACUCGACUUCUCAGCGAGAUCUUCCAAUCCAGCCUCACAGAAGACCACCUCUUCGCCCUCUCCCAGACUGUCCAUGACCGCUGGGCCGGGUAUAUUUGCGGGCGGAGCCAACUUUGGUGCCUUUUCGGGCCAGUAUCCAUCGCAGGCAUCCUCGAAUCUCGUCGGCAGGAACGCUGAGACUGCGGGUCAGUUGAAAGAUCCGUACCUGUCCAUGCAGACGUUGAACAGGAGUGUCAAUCCCAUGUCCAACUUUCGUCCGCAUUUCAUGAUGAACAAUCCCCAGACGGGCCUGUCUCAUGCCCACACCGUCAGCUUGUCGUCGCCGCAGAUGGAUCGCGUGCAGCAGCAACAGCAGCAGCAGCAUUUGCAUUCUCGCGAGAACUCUAACCCUGGUGUAACCAGUGUCAGUGCUAGAAGCAGCCCUGCCAUUGCAGCAGCCGGUCAGGAUCAGCGUCAACCGCAUUUCCCGCAAAAUCAGCAGUUGCACCAGCAACGCCCGUUGUAUCAGCAGAGUCCCCAGCUGCGUCAACAGCAGCAAUCACUUAAUUAUCACGAAAACCCACAGCUGCGUCAACAGCAGCCCAGCUACCAGCCAAGUCCUCGUUUCAACCAGCAGCAACUCAAUUAUCAGCAAAGCCCGCAGCUGCACCAGGCACAGCCGAGUUACAGUCCGGCACAGCAGCAACAACAACGACAGCAGCAGCAGCAGUCGCAGCAGCCACAGCCACAGUACUAUCCCAGUCCACAGCUCCAACAGCACCUUUAUCAAAACCAGCAGCAGAUAAGGCAGCUACAGCCACAGACGCCGCAACAGCCACAUCAGCAACCCCAAAAACAAUUGCAGCAUGAAUCUUCACAGCCACAACAGCAACAGCCCUCGGUACCCCAACCCACAUUCUCUUCCACGGAGAGAACAGCCCAACCCAGUCAACCCACAGAAGCUUCUCAGACUCCAGGAAACGGCACGGUCCAGAAGAGACGGCCUGGCAGACCCCGCAAAGAUCCCAACGCCCCUCCACGUCCUCGCGGACGUCCUAAGAAGUCAAGUGCUACAGCGAAUGGGAAUAAUAAUGGUCAGCCGGCUCCCAUGCCGAGCGUCACGGAUCUUACGACAAUAACAGCGACAACAAAUCCAUCGGAACUGGCGUCGACUUCUAUGACGUCCACUCCUACUAUGGUUGCACCGGAUGGCACAACACCUAAGCGACGUCGCGGACGUCCUCGGAAAUCAGAGACGUCUGGGAUUCCGUCUACGUCCAAGCCACGGAAACCUGCAGCCCCUCGACCACCGGGGGGUACUGGAAGACCUCGCGGACGGCCUAGGAAGAUUAGGGAUCCACCCCCGGGGACUCAGGACGGCCAAAGUCAAAGUCAGGUACAAACACAAGCACAGGCACAGGGACAGACUCAAACGAGUCAGACUCCUGGUCAAGCUUCCCAGGGAUCAGUUCUAGGACAAUCUCAAGGGCAAGCACAGGGGCAAUAUCAAAUCCAACCCGUCCAACCCGUACAAUUCCAAGGACAACACGCACAGCUCCAGGGACAACAACCAGGACAUCUUCAAGUACAACCGGGACAAGUCCAGGGACAUGCAGGACAACAUGGACAGUCAGGACAACCGAAAACGCAACAGCAACCACAAGUACAACAACAAAUGGCUCCCCAAGUCCCUCAGUAUAGCCAACUCCAGCCGCAAAUGCCUCACCUUCAACCCUACGGACAUAUCCAACCACAUACACAACAGCAGCAGCCCCAGACCCAAGUCCAGCCGCAGAAUCAGAUGCAACCGCAUGGAUCCGUCCAUAAUACCCAGGGCGGUCCUGUUCCACCACAAUUCCAAGCCCUUUCAUCCAGCUUCAUGGGUUUGAAUCCGCCCCAGAAACGUCCGUUGUCGAUGUAUACCGAUCCCAGGGGACCAUCUUAUCGGGCGCCUAUGCAGUAGCUGCCUGAGGGUAUUUUUGAAAAAAAAAAAAAAAAAAAAAAAAAAAAAAAAAGUCAAGUAAUACAAACUGCGAAUAAGUGGCAUGCACACCUAUCAUAUCAUAACAGAUGGAAGGAAUGGAAUGGACUAGGAUAAAAAAGGGGUGGUAAUUGUGAAUCUGCUGUUGGCAAUCUGUGUUUCUUUUCUUUCCUUUCCUUUCCUUUAAUUUCGAUUCCUUUCGUUUUCAUUUUCAAUCUGUCUCAGUCUGCAUCCAUAUGCCCAUUUCAUUUGUCACUUUUUUUUUUUUUUCUUUUUAAGCAUUUCAUAUAUCAUACAUAUGCUAAUUCAACUAUUAUCUCGAUGUUGAUACCUACUAACCCCAGUUCAUAUCUAUCCUUACUAAUAUAAUCCUUUUGUACUGUCGGUGUUAUCGUUUUUGUUGUUGUCAUGUAUUGUUCAUAUCUCUGUUAAUCUCUGUUACUUUUCCUUGUCUUCCCUUGUUGUUUCCUUUACUUCUCGACUCCAGUUCUGUCUAUCUAUCUAGCUCGGAUAUCAAUUGUCAAGUGUAUGAAUGAUAUCCUAUUAUAGGCGCUGUAUAGCGAAGCAAAAGCAAGAUUCAGGGCUCCUCGCAGCAUUUUAUGUUGGUGUCAAUGAAGCUAGUUUGGGUUAUCUAUUUGUACAGCAUUGUAUGGUUAAAUAAGUUGCCAAUGCAAUAAUAAUGUAUUGUGACUUGAAGUAAUGGGUAUAAAUAGUCACUGCCUCAAGAACCAACGGCUUACAUAGAAGUAU